UGUUAUUGAUUGGGGAAAUGUUUUUUUUCCAUAAUAGUGACUUUCGCAUCAUUAGAUAUAGAUUUUUUUAAAUUUUUUAUCAUUUUUUGAAUUCAAUUUGAUUUAGAUUAAAAUUGUUUUUAAAUUAAUUAUCGUUUUUUUCUCAUUUUUGUUAACAUUCAAAUACCACAUCACUUUUUUUCCAAAAAAUUGAUUCGAAUUCAAUAUUGUGAUUUUGUUUUUGUUUUUGUUUUUUCGAUAGUUGAUUCGUUCUUCUUCGAAUAACCAUCAUUCAUUUCAUAAUGACAAAGAUUUUAUUCAUCAUUGCCAUUAUUAUUAUUGUUCAAAAUUUAUCUAGUCAUACAGUUUUUUCAUCCGAUCAAUCACCAUUUGAACGAUUAUUUAAUCGAUUCUCUGAUUUUCUUAAAGAUCUUAAAAAUCCAAAUAAUCAAUUUGAAAAUCAUUAUAAUGAUCGUUUACGAUAUUAUGAAUCACAAUUAUCACAUACACGUGUAUGGCUUACAGUAUCAUCGAUUGUAAAUGUAACUGGACAUAAUCCAAAUGAUCAUAAUGAUAAUGAUCUAUUGAUUCGUGCAUUAGAAUUACAUUGGCGACGACCAGAACCACCGCAACCAGGUGAUUAUAUUGCACUUUAUCGAAAAAAUGAUUCAAUACAAAUACGAACAUUUCCAUUGAUCGAUACGAAAACUAAUCAUACAUUUCCACGUUAUUAUAAAAUUGAUCUACCAUUUAUCUAUCAAAAUCUAACAAAUCUUAAUCAAACCAAUAAUAAUAAUAAUAAUAAUGAUAUUUAUGAUAAUUGUCUUGAAUAUAUUGUUGCCUAUAUAAAUCGACAAGGAAAUAUUGAAUCAAAAAAUUGUAUUCGAAUGCAAGCUCGAUGGAUGGAAGAAAUAUUUGAACGUAUAAAAGAUCAUCGAUUAUCUGAAUUAAUGAUACCGGGAACACAUGAUGCAAGUAGUUAUGAAAAAUAUUCCUAUGAUUUAUAUGAAAAAGAUGUUCUUAGUCGAUUUCAAUAUACCCAAGAUGAAAGUCUUUAUAAUCAACUUGCUUAUGGUAUUCGUUAUAUGGAUUGGCGUGUUGCUGUUUAUAAUCAAACAAAUCAUACUGAUAAUCAAACAUAUAAUUGGAUUGAAGAAUUUUGGAUGGUACAUGAUAUGCAACGUAAUCGUAUUACAUUGAAACAAGCAUUACGACAAGUAAUAAAAUUUUUAGAACGUACAACACAUGAAAUUAUUAUUAUUGAUUUUCAUCGUUUUGUACAUGGAUUUGAUGGUGAAAAAAAUCUACCAAUUAUGCGUCGAAGAUUACAAACAUUUAUUCAAAUGAUACAUGAACAGCUUGGUCCUUAUUUAAUACCAUAUAGUUCUAAAGGUUUGCCAACAAUUGGUAAUCUAAUUGCACGUAAUCAACGUAUAUUGAUUGGUUAUGCAUAUAAAUUUGAUGUUAGACAAUUACCGGAUUCGAUUAUGUUUUGGCCACCAGUACAACAUUUAUGGGCUGAUACGGAUAAAUUAUCGGAAUUAGAAUCAUAUAUACAGGAACAGAUUUGUAAACCAUCAAGAUCAUUUAAUAAUAUACAUUUAUUACGUUCAAUUAUGGCUGAAUUAACACCAACAGUUGAAGGUGUAUUAUUUAAUCGUUAUCAUGGUUUACGUGAAAUGGCCGCUUUAGUCAAUAUGAAUUAUGAACGAUGGUUUCGUUAUCGUUGGUCAAAUUGUACGAAUAUUGUUGCCGGUGAUUUUUUUCUUGGUUCCGAUCUUAUUGACAUAUCCAUCGAUGUUAAUCGUGAACGAUUUCAAUCAUCAAAAUAAUUUAAAAAAAAAAAUUCUUGUUUGCUUUUGAAUAUUUAUGUUUUGUAUUUUUGGAAAAAAUUUUAUAUUUGUUAUUCUUUUUUUAGAUGAAAAA